UGUGGUGAUCGUGAGUGUGUCUCCGACGGUGGUUGAAAGAGUUUUGUUUGGUGCUCUCUUAAACCCUAAUUGAAAGGGUUUUUGUUCCUUUCCUUUUGAUUGGUUAUUAUGACCAAGACGGAGUUGAAGAAUCUGCUCAUACUCUCCGGCUCUCUGCGUUCUCUCCAAUUCACACGCCAACGACCCUUCUCAACUUCGUCACAAGACCCUCUCCCAGGGCUCGUUGAUCCUGAUGACGCUUUUUCGCACCAUUCUCCACCCGAUCCAUCACAACACUACGCAUUCCUUCGCAACGCUUUGCUAAAUUCUACCCCCCAAUGCGACACUUCCUCUCAAACCCUCGAAUCCGGUGACGACGCCGUUCUGAUGUCAAAUGCAAUCAGGACCGGGUUUGGCAUCCAAACCAUAAAUUAUUUGAGGCAGUUCCGGGGUAGGUUAAGCGAGUCUUUGGUGGUGCAGGUGAUGAAUCACGUAAAACACCCCGAGUUGUGUGUCGAGUUUUUCUUGUGGUCGGGUCGCCAAAUUGGAUACAUCCACACUCCACUGGUGUAUAAUACGUUGCUCGAGUUACUGGGUGGUUGCAAUGGCAAUGAUAGAGUGUCUGAAAAGUUCUUGCAGCAAAUUAGGGAUGAUGAUAAGGAAUUGCUUCGCAAGGUGCUCAAUGUUCUCAUUCAAAAGUGUUGUCGUAAUGGGUUGUGGAAUGUGGCAUUGGAAGAGUUAGGGAGGCUCAAGGAUUUUGGGUACAAGCCCUCUCGACCCACUUAUUGUGCAUUGGUUCAAGUUUUUCUUAAAGCUGAUAAGUUAGAUACGGCUUCUUUGGUUCAGAGAGAGAUGUCGAAUUCUGGGUUUGGUAUGGAUGGGUAUACUUUGAGUUGUUUUGUCUAUUCCCUCUGCAAAGCGGGGCGGUGCAGGGAUGCUCUGAAUUUGAUUGAGAAGGAGGAGUUUGUGCCUGAUACUGUUUUUUAUAAUAGGAUGAUUUCUGGGUUAUGCGAAGCUUCGCUUUUUGAAGAAGCCAUGGAUAUCUUAAACAGAAUGCGGUCUACUUCUUGCAUUCCUAAUGCUGUCACUUAUAGGAUUUUGCUUUCUGGUUGUUUGGGGAAAGGACAGUUGGGUAGGUGUAAGAGAAUUCUUAGUAUGAUGAUUACAGAAGGCUGUUACCCAAACCGUGAGAUGUUUAAUUCUCUUGUACAUGCUUUUUGUAAAUCCGGGGAUUAUUCUUAUGCGUCUAAGUUGUUUAAUAAAAUGCUAAAAUGUGGAUACCAGCCUGGCUAUCUACUUUAUAAUAUAUUCAUUGGCAGUAUUUGUAGCAAUGAGGAGCUGCCUAGCUCCGAUGUGUUAGAAUUGGCGGAAAAAGCCUAUGGUGAGAUGCUUGAUUCAGGGGUUGUAUUAAAUAAGGUUAAUGUCAGCAACUUUGCUCGGUGUCUUUGUGGAGCAGGAAAGUUUGAUAAAGCCUUCAAGAUUAUAUGCGAAAUGAUGAGCAAGGGUUUCAUUCCUGACGAUAGUACAUAUUCCAAAGUGAUUGGUUUCCUUUGUGACGCAUCCAAGGUAGAGAAGGCUUUUUUGUUGUUCAAAGAAAUGAAAAAGAAUGGCAUUGUUCCCAGUGUUUACACAUAUACUAUUUUAAUUGAUAGUUUUUGCAAAGCUGGUCUCAUUCAACAGGCUCAUAAAUGGUUUGAUGAAAUGUUAAGAGACGGUUGCAUGCCAAAUGUGGUGACUUUUACUGCUCUUAUUCAUGCAUACCUGAAAGCAAGAAAGGUGUUUGAAGCAAAUAAACUAUUUGAGAUGAUGUUGCUUGAAGGUUGCAAGCCAAAUGUUGUUACAUAUACAGCUUUAAUUGAUGGUCAUUGUAAGGCUGGGCAGCUUGAUAAAGCUUGCCAGAUCUAUGCAAGAAUGCAAGGCGAGCUAGAAUCCUCUGACAUGGACAUAUAUUUUAAGCUAGAUGACAACAAUUGUGAAAGACCAAAUGUUAUUACAUAUGGGGCUUUGGUGGAUGGUUUAUGCAAAGCAAACAGGGUUAAAGAAGCCCGUGAAUUAUUUGAUAUCAUGUCAGUUCAUGGUUGUGAGCCUAACCAAAUAGUGUAUGAUGCUCUUAUAGAUGGGUUUUGCAAGAUUGGAAAGCUUGAGGAUGCACAAGAGGUGUAUGUAAAGAUGUCAGCGCAUGGAUACAGUCCAAAUUUGUAUACCUACAGCUCUUUAAUUGAUAGUUUGUUUAAAGAAAAACGAUUGGAUCUUGUUUUGAAAGUGUUGUCCAAGAUGCUAGAGAAUUCUUGCACUCCCAAUGUUGUUAUUUACACUGAGAUGAUUGAUGGCCUGUGUAAAGUUGGAAAGACAGAUGAAUCUUACCAACUUAUGCUUAAGAUGGAAGAAAUGGGUGUUUACCCAAAUGUUGUAACUUAUACUGCAAUGAUUGAUGGCUUUGGGAAAUUAGGAAAGAUUGAGCAGUGCCUUGAUCUAUUUAGAGAUAUGUGCUCAAAGGGCUGUGCUCCAAACUUUAUAACCUAUAAUGUCUUGAUAAAUCAUUGUUGUUCCACUGGCCUUCUUGAUGAAGCACUCAGAUUAUUAGAUGAAAUGAAACAAACAUAUUGGCCAAGGCAUAUAUCAAGUCACCGUAAAAUUGUUGAGGGCUUUAACCGAGAGUUUAUAACCUCAAUUGGACUUUUAAAUGAGUUGAGCGAGAGUGAAUCAGUGCCAGUUGAUUCUUUGUACAGAAUUUUGAUUGAUAAUUUUAUCAAGGCUGGAAGACUGGAAAUUGCCUUGAACCUCCUGGAAGAGAUUUCAUCAUCUCCAAGCCUUGCAGUUGCAAAUAAAUAUCUAUUUAGUUCUUUAAUUGAGAGUCUGUCACAUGCAAGAAAGGUUGAUAAAGCCUUUGAGCUGUACGCAAGCAUGAUAAGUAAGAAUGUUGUUCCAGAGCUUAGCACAUUUGUCCACCUCAUCAAAGGCCUUACCAAGGUUGAUAAGUGGCAAGAAGCACUACAAUUAUCUGACAGCAUAUGCCAAAUGGAUAUCUGCUGGAUUCAUGAAGAGGACCAGAAUUAGAUUUCUAUCAUACAGAACUGCAGAUUGAGUGUGAGUUACAUAGCUGAAGGAAGAAUACAGGUAGCAUAGGAGAAAUGGUCAAGCUGGUAGCAGGCUGCCCUCUCUUAAUCUCUAAAAGUUUCUGAUCCCUUUCAUUUAUUAUCAAUCUUCAUUUGCAGAUAUGGGUUUUUGCUGUUCAGGUAAAACAGCAGUGACAAUGGAAGCAGAAACACUGGAUUUUGAAGAAAUCUCAAAAUUCAUCUUCAAAAUCCUGUGUAUUUGUGCACCUAUCAUUACAUCAUGCCUGGGGUAAUGAUUUUAUGAUCUAUGAUCUGGCAUUCUAAUUGAUGGUGUAUAAAAAUUAAAUUUCUAGACUUGGUAUCUUUUGGAGCAAAUUACGUCUCAAUAAUGUUUAUUUGCUGAUAUUGUGGAUCUAGAUAAAAUUUAAAGUGUUACAUACUUGCAUUGAAGAACCAAUAAACUGUGGUUUAAUGAAUUAUUAUGGGGUAAGUAAGUUGUUUGGCCUUGUUAGUAAUCAAUGGAUUUGUUCACCUAUGAUUUGCAAACAGCUUCAAUGUUGAUUUCAAAGAUCUGUUUGUGGUCAGGCAUUUGCAUGCCAGAUUCAUUUUCUGAUACAUAUAAAUGGGUUGUUCUUGUUUUUGCCUUUUCUAUUUUGCUAUUUUACCAUUUUUUAAAGUAGAAAUUAUAUUAAAUUUGUGAAUACAGAAUGACAAGUCAUUUAGGACUUUUGUUACACUAACCAGUCAUGCAUAUUAUCUUAGCAAAUAUGCCUAAUGUUUUCUUUCUGACAAACUAGCUAUGCUCAGGGUUUAGUUGUGAAACCGGUAAAAUUUAAAGUGAAAGCCAUCUGUGUUAUUUUUCUUGUCUGUUUUUGGAGUUCAGGAACAAAAUUAAUCAUCUAUUUUUUAUUAUGAAUUAGCUUUCUGGGCAUUUUGGAGGAGCAAGAGUUUGUGAAGUAUCAUCGGUUCAGUUUUUUCUCUGUUCAUUUGAGAGACUGACAAUUGGAAGCAAGCAAAAUGGUCUAGUAGUGUGCUCUUUUUCCUGAGUAUCGUCUCUCCAGUUGGACUUGUGGUCAUGGAUUAGAGUCAAUGCUCUUUUUGCAAAUAUGGUGUCUAUAGCUGGACUUGGUGGUCAUGGCUUAGCGUUGUGGAAAUAGCCUCUCUGCUGAUUGUGUACACCUGACCUCCCCGGACCCCACAAUGAUGAUAUCUUCGUGCACCAAGCUGCCCUUUCUUUUUGGUCAUGAAUAUAGAUAGACUGCAGAGCAGGAUUUUCAAUUGUAAGUGUUGGCACAUGGCUUACUUUCA